GCCUAUUUCACAUGGUUAGAGGUCUCUCUCUCUCUCUCUCUCUCUCUCUCCCUCUAUUUUCGCAGACGUGUGCUAUAGUCAUUCUCACUUUCUCGGGAAAAUUUUCGGUCGCUAAUUCCUGGAAUUCAUGUCGGAAAAGGGUCAACCACUGCCAAAGUUCGGCGAAUGGGAUGUCAAUGACCCUGCUUCUGCUGAGGGAUUUACUGUCAUCUUCAACAAGGCUAGAGAUGAGAAAAAGACCGGUGGCAAGCCUGAAUCUCCAGGAAAGGCUGAUGCUCAGAUUAGGCAUACAGUUGAUCCCGGCAAGCCACCAACUAAGAAGUGGUUGUGCUGCAUCCAGAGCUCACCUGCAGAAUCUUGACGAGGAACUACUCCUGUAAAAGCUUCAGGAACACACGAGCCUAUCUCUUACUAGCCCCGCAGUUUGUCAAGGAGAUCGGAAGGUUUUGGGCUCUGAUGUGUCUUGCUGGGAUUGUUGUUAGUUCGGUAAACCCCCGCGGUUUGUGGGGAUUGAUUACGAUAAAAUGGAGACAUCCAUGUGCUCUGCUGUAAUCAGUCUGCUAGUUUGCUGGUUACUAUUAGUAGAUGAGUUAUCAUUUCUUUCCCCUGUCCUCUCUCUGCCUUCUCGUGCUCUGGGGUCUAUAGCAUUUGGGAUUUACAUUUGUUUUCUUCUCAUUGUACGGUUUGAAGUGGUUUUUGCUUGUGAAAUAAGAAAUUCUUUUUGGCCUUUCCUU